UUGUCACUCAAAAAAAUCAAAAUUCCAUGCCCAUGGUGGAUCGUGAUUGUAUUUAUCCAAACAAUUGUGAAUUUCGCGUUAAUUAUUUAUUAAAAACAAAUAAAAAAUCGAAAUGUCUACAGUGUCCGACUGUUUUACAAUCGGCAGUAUAGUUGCCACCAAAACUUGCUAUAAUGAGGACAUAGAAGGGGAAGUGCUAGCUUUCGAUCCGCAAUCAAAGAUGUUAAUUCUGAAAUGUCCGUCUUCUAGCGGUAUCCCGAAGCGACACGAUGUCAAUAUCGUUAAUUUAUCACUAGUAAGCGACGUUCAAAUCAAGAAAGAAGUAACUACGGUCCCGGAACCACCACAGUCACUAAAUCUGCACAGACUGAACACGCGCGUCAGAAAUUCCGUAGAAAAUAAGAGAAGAUUAGUAUCAGCAUUAUCAGCAUGUUUGGACCCAGAGGGCCAGCGGUUGUUCCUGGCCAUCGCCCGCGUCAUUGAGGAUGUGUCCUGGGCCGGACAGAACAUCCGGGUGUACAAUGAAGUCACCAUCACACCCCCUUACAAAGUGGAAAAUGUAUUAGGUGAACCAGACUCAAAACCUUAUCAAUAUAUAAGAAAAUUUGUAGAAAAACAUUGGAACCACAGAGAUCAUGCGGCCGCUUCAAAUUCAAAUCAAAAUCAAUAAUAUAACAAGUAACACCUUCAAUUGGGUAGGUAUGGGUUGUAUGGUAAAUUGAUGAAAAGAUUAAGAAAAACUUUUAAAUAUGUUUGAUUUUAUACAAGAAAAUUUUAUACACGGUAAGAAUUUCAUUAAAAUUUGAAGUUAUUUUUCUUUUAACAAAAUCAUGUAACAAAUAAUGUAUUAUUCGGAUAAUGAGCUAAACAGCCUAAGUUCUCGCAGUAAUGCCAAAACAAACGACAAAAAAUUUAAAACCAAAAUAUUGUUUUACCCCAGAUAAAAACCGAUUGUAAUUUAUUAUUUUUUUAUAACUGAUAACUACCUAAUUUUAAGGUCUGCAUUAGUUUUAGGAACCAUUUUUAUGGUUAGUUUGUUGUGAGAGAAAUUUAUGUGGCUCGUCCUAGAUUUUCGACCGACCCAUAUUAAUUUUAAAGAGUAAUCUAUACUUUUGCAAAGUAUGUAUAAAUAAAUGUAAUUUUUAUAAUGCUGAAAGCUAUUUUAAUGAAAUCACUU